GACAGUAUAUAAAUUGACGCAUUUUCAUUCCAUCUGCAAUCCAAAGACUCUCAAUUACUCACAUACUAAUGAUUAAUAAAUACUCGGAGACAAAGGCACCAUGUCAUCGAGCAGUCGCUUUAUCGCCAAACAAGCCACUAUUCCCAACCUAGUGAUUGGCAUCGCUACAGCUGGUGGACUAUAUACAGCUUAUUCAUAUAUUCGGAGCGCAACGUCUUCUGAGCCUCGAAAAACAUUUGGGAAUAGUAUUGCCGGUAGUCUUACCCUGCAACAAACAGAGGAGAUUAAUCACAAUACGAAACGAUUACGAUUCUCUUUUCCGAAUGCUCGGGAUGAAACUGGGUUGACAGUUGUGUCAUCUGUCCUCACAUUUUCAUGGCCGAAAGGAAGCCUGGCGCCCGCCAUACGACCAUAUACACCAGUGAGCAAUCUCUCAAAACCUGGUUUUAUCGACCUCAUGGUCAAAAAAUACCCCGGCGGCAAAGUCAGCACACACCUUCACUCCUUACAACCCGGCGACUCACUCUUCUUUGCAUUCGGUAUUAAAGCAUACUCUUGGAUUCCGAACAAACACGACCACAUAACUCUUAUCGCCGGUGGUGCUGGCAUUACUCCAAUCUAUCAACUUAUCCAGGGAAUUUUGGACAACCCGGAAGAUCGCACGAAGAUGACACUGGUUUUUGGUGUCAACACUGAGCGUGACAUUCUUUUGCGGAAGGAAUUCGAGAAUUACGGGAGCAAAUUUCCGGAUCGAUUCAAAGUUGUGUAUACGGUCUCAGAGCCGGAGGAAGGAUCUCCGUUUCGAAAGGGACAUGUCACAAAAGAGCUUUUGAAGGAGGUGUUGCCAGCACGUACAGAUAAAGUGUUUGUGUGCGGACCUCCAGGGCUCGAAACUGCGUUGACUGGGAAAGGACGGGGGGAUUCCGGCAUUCUGGGAGAACUGGGAUAUAAAAAGGAUCAGAUCUUCAAGUUUUGAGCUUGGAUGACCAUUCUAUCCUGAUCGGAAUUGGCGAUACUAUAUACCCUCUCAUCUCACCGGACAUAUAUUCCAAAUGAAAUGUAGCAACAUCAGGCAUAUUUUCUAUUUCAUUUCUUCCACAUGUGCACCUUUCAUUGAUUGGAAGGACCAAGCUAGAGAGGAGCUUGGAUGUUACUCAUAAACGUACGUUUGUCAAUUAAGAUGCUGUUAUUUCUCAUGUAUUCAACACAUCAUAUAUAAACAUGUGAAUUCUAUAGACUAAGUGUUAUGGUAGACCAAACGCCAAAUUCUGAAACGCAGAAAGUCAAGUAAAUAAUAUUUAAAACUCUUUGAUGUUUUCCAUGAUUCGCCCAUUUUUGAGCUCUCUCACGGUCAAUUCAGCCUCCUUCCCCUUCCCAGUCAUAUCCUUCUCAUUCAACACUGUCACGCCUCCCGAAGCCGAAGAAGCAGAGGAAGGUAAUACUCCAUCCAAGCUGCUAGGUUUAGAUGUAUGAAGCUGGCCACGCGUAGUCAAGAACU